AUGGGAGUCAACGACGGAUCAAUCCCAGCUGAGUUAGUGAAGUUGAUCAAAAAGAGAGAUUCUGCAAAGAAGUCCAUGGAUUCAAUUAAAGCUUUUGUCGACAAGUAUGAUCCUGCUACAAAAACACUGAAUCAACUUCAAACUAGAUUAGACAACCUAAUGCAAUACAUGUCUAAAUAUGAGUCGAUUCAAGAUGAUAUUGAGGACCAUGAAGCAGUUACCACUGAAAUGCUAGAUGACAGAGUCAGUGUUGAUGACUUCUUCUGUUCACUCAAAGCUGACGUUUUAGACUUAGUCGAGCGCCAAACCAAGGCACCAUCCAAUAGUUCAAGAGCAACAUCACAACCGAUUAUUCGUGACUCAAUGAAACUUCCGUCCAUUCCACCUCCUAAAUUCGAUGGCGAUCUGCAAAACUGGACAUCAUUCCUUGACGAUUUCAAUGCCAGGUUCCACCUCAAUCAAGGAUUGUCUGAUGUACAGCGUUUGCAGUUCUUAAAAUCCUGUUUGUCUGGUCCUGCAGCAGAGGUAGUGCGUACCAUUCCAACAACCGAUGCUAAUUAUCGUAUAGCUUAUGAUGUGCUUGUAGAAAGAUAUGAAAACAAGUCACUUAUUAUCCAGUCUCAUAUACGGUCUUUGUUUCAAACACCGCAAGUGCACAAACCUGCUACCAGUGAAUUAAGACAGUUGCAUCACCAUGUUGUAUCUCAAGUGAACGCACUGAAGGCACUUGGACAACCAGUUGAAAAAUGGGAUGCAUGGCUAGUGACAUUAUUGUGCUGUAGACUAGAUCCAACCACCGUAGGAGAAUGGCAACUAUUACAAUCAUCUAAGGAUCUACCUAAAUUUACUGAUCUGGAAAAAUUCUUAGCCAACCGUGUGUCUGCAUAUGAGGUCGGUGAAGUAAGCAACCAGUCAACUCAACUCAAACAGUCGUCUACUGGCAUUCGUCCAAUGCAAAAAAGAGUACUAUUAACCAAUCAAACCGACAAAGUUCCACUUAAGGAAAAACAAUGUUUAAUAUGUCCAGAGCAACAUCGGUUAUCAGUGUGUGAAAGUUUCACUAAAAUGUCUUUGCCUGAACGCCAAGAUUUAGUGUUUAAAAACAGGUUGUGUUAUAAUUGCUUGUAUCCAGGUCAUCAAGUCCGUCAGUGUCGUGGUGGUAACUGCAAUAAAUGUGGAAAACGACACAACACUAAGUUGCAUAGUGAUGCCCCAUUUAUCCCUCCUGCCUCAGCGAAUGAACAGUCACCAUCUACACAAAACCAAUCUGUUGUAACGUACGUUGAACAUGGUAACAACAAUUCUACUGCAAAGAAGCAAAUAAUAUUAGCUACUGCACUGAUCAAUUUAACAAAUGCAGCUGGCCACCAAGUUCAGUGUCGUGCCAUCUUAGACUCUGGGUCUCAAGUCUGUCUGAUAACAAAGGAGUGCGCAUCAAGAUUAAAUAUCAGUCUUGUUAAAAGCUCGCUAUCGAUAGCAGGUAUCGGGUCGGUAUCUGCCAAAACAGGCACAAUGAUAAGUACUACAAUGUGUUCAAGACUUAAUGACUUUGAAGCAUUCAUUAACUUCCAUGUAAUUGAUUCGAUUACUAACAGCUUGCCCACUCACCGUAUUGACAUGGAACCACUACAUAUUCCACACACUAUUAGUAGCUGUUUAGCCGACCCUCGUUUCAAUGAACCAGCUUCAAUUGAUAUUCUACUUGGUGCAGAGAUAUUCUAUGAAUUGCUAAUUGGUGAAAGUAUGAAGAUUAGUCCACUUGUAACACUUCACAACACCAAUCUUGGUUGGGUUUUUACUGGAUCAACUCAAAUCAAUAAUGUGCAACCACUAUCAAAAAUCUUUCUUCUACGUCAUAGCAAUCAGUCAGCUAUAGCUCUCAUUGCCCAAUCAUGCUCGAACAACUUAUCAUCUGAGGCAUGGGCUGAAGAUCAUUUUAAAAAUAACGUUUCUCGUGACGAUCGUGGUCGCUUUGUGGUAAGAUUACCGUUUAUUCAAGAUCCAUCAGUUUUAGGUGAUUCAAGAUUCAUGGCACAGCAACGUUUCUACAAUCUAGAACGCAAAUUGUUAAAAAACCCUUCACUUGCUUCAGAUUACAAGGAUUUCAUGAAUGAGUACCUUGAAUUGGGCCACAUGGAGAAGGCUCAAGAUACUGAUUGCCCCACAUAUUAUCUUCCGCAUCACUCAGUGUUCAAAUCCAACAGUUUAACUACAAAAAUGCGUGUAGUCUUUGAUGGUUCUGCUACAUCUAAAUCCGGGCACAGUCUCAACGACAUUCUACUAUGUGGACCAACUGUGCAACCUGAUUUAAUUUCUAUAAUUCUGAGAUUUCGAAUCCACAAAAUUGCUCUUACUGCAGACAUAGCCAAAAUGUACAGGCAGAUACGGGUCUCUCCCGAAGAUUGUGAUUUUCAAAGAAUAUGCUAUAGAGAAAGUCCUGCUGAACCAUUGAAAGACUAUAGGCUUUUAACUGUCACUUACGGUACCAGAGCUGCAUCAUUUCUUGCCACUCGUUGUUUACUUGAGCUAAGUUACAAUGUCAAAAAUCAUGCAGUCCAGCGCGCUAUUCAACAAGAUUUUUAUGUUGACGACUUACUAAGUGGCGGUCAAGACGAAACUGAGUGUUAUGAACUUUUUCAAAAUUUAUCUAAUGAACUUGACAAGGCUGGCCUACCCCUUCGCAAGUGGUGCUCAAACUCAAAAUCAAUUAUGUCGAAAAUGUCAGUUCCGGAACGAGAUCCUACUUAUCUGUUGUCUAUCAAUGAAGAAGAUACUGUUAGCACACUAGGUCUCACUUGGCAACCAAGUAAUGACUGUUUCAAAUUCAUUUUUAAGGAUUUGUCAAGACCUUUUCACAUGACUAAAAGAACACUAUUAUCCAACAUAAACAGUGUUUAUGAUCCAGUAGGAUUCCUAACACCUGCCCUGAUUCGAGGAAAAAUGUUUAUGCAACAGUUAUGGUCCUCAAAGUUGAACUGGGAUACACCACUGUCCACUGAACUCCAAACCAAGUGGACCAAUUUCUAUCAAAGUCUCAAGUUCUUGGAGCAGUUAUCAAUACCGCGUCGCGUUCCAUUUGAUAAUACCACAUCAGUCCAACUGCAUGGUUUCUGCGAUGCAUCACAAAAUGCUUUUGGUGCUUGUAUUUACUUUCGAUCAACUACCACAUCGCAAUGUCAACUAUACUGUUCUAAGUCCAGAGUAGCUCCACUGAAGCCCAGCACAAUUCCACGAUUGGAACUUUGCGGAGCCCUUCUUUUAGCAGAACUGGUCAGCAUGGUUAUGAGAGAACUAAAACGUAUCAAGAUUCAUUGUAACCCUAGUAAUGUAAUCUUAUGGUCUGAUUCAUCUAUUGUCAUAUACUGGAUCAAUAGUGACAAACCACUCAAAUCCUAUGUCUCCAACAGGAUAGCACAAAUAUUGGAUCUAACCCAACCCACACAAUGGCGUCAUGUACCAACGGCCACCAAUCCUGCAGAUGUAAUUUCCCGUGGAUGCUCAGCUGAAUCACUUUUGUCAAAUGAACUUUGGUGGAACGGUCCCAAGUGGUUGAGCCAGGCUGAGGACCUGUGGCCGUCUAAUAAUGUCAUCCAUACUGAUUUACCUGAAGUAAGAAUAGUUCGUCCAGUUCUUGUAGUGAGUCAGUCAUCAGAAUGUCAAUUCGAAGAAAGAUAUUCUUCUUGGUCUAGAUUGAACCGAAUUACCGCAUAUAUUCUAAGAUUUUGCCACAAUGCUCGCACUAAGUUGAUCUCUGACCGGUUAUUAAAUUCACUAAGUGUAACUGAAAUAUCCAAUGCCGCCACAGUGUUGCUGCGAAAAAUGCAGUCCAUCUCAUUUGCACCAGAAAUUGCCGAACUUAAGUCCAGUAGGCCUGUUGGACGUCGUAGUGCGUUGCGUACACUGAACCCAUUUAUUGACCAGGAUGGUCAAGUGCGAGUUGGAGGCAGACUCAUCAACGCUGACAUUGCAUACACCAGCAAAUGCCCAAUUGUACUACCAGCAAAAGGUACAAUCACAAGACUUAUCUUUGAAUACGAACACAAGCGUUUAAUUCAUAUUGGCCCUCAAGGAUUACUG